CGCGGCUGCCGCGCUUCCUGCUCUUCGUGUCCGAGCCAGCGGCGGGAGGGGCGGGAGGCUCGCCAUGGCGGCCGGCUGAGCGCUUCCGUCCCCUGCCCGGCGGAAGGCGUCCGAGGGCGGCGCGGGAAGGCCUCCCGCCUCGCCCCCCCACUGCUCUCGCCAGCGCCGCCAUGGCCGGCGAGGAGCCGCAGAAGUUCCUGGCCCCCGACGAGCCCGGCGCCCUCCUCUCGCCGCCGCCCCGCGCCCACGGCAGCCUCAGCCUGUGCGACGAGGGACCGGCCUGCCUGGACGUCAGCGACUUCGGCUGCCACCUCUCGUCCUGCCACCGCACCGACCCUCUGCGCCGCCUGCACUCGCACAGGUGGAACUUGACCUCUUGUGGGACAAGCGUGGCCAGCUCUGAAUGCAGCGAAGAAUUGUUUUCUUCUGUUUCUGUCAGUGAUCAGGAUGACUGCUUCUCCCUCUUGGAUGAUCAGGAAUUGACAUCUUUUGAUUUGUUCCCAGAGGGCAGUGUCUGCAGUGAUGUCUCUUCCUCCAUUAGCACAUACUGGGACUGGUCAGACAGUGAGUUUGAAUGGCAGUUGCCCGGCAGUGAUAUUGCAAGUGGAAGUGAUGUGCUCUCUGACAUCAUACCCAGUAUUCCAAGCUCUCCCUGCCUGCUUCCAAAAAGGAGAAACAAGCACAGGAACCUUGAUGAGCUCCCAUGGAGUGCAAUGACCAAUGAUGAACAGGUUGAAUAUAUUGAAUAUCUGAGUCGUAAAGUCAGUACAGAGAUGGGGCUUCGAGAGCAGCUUGAUAUUAUUAAGAUUAUUGAUCCCACUGCUCAGAUCUCUCCUACAGACAACGAGUUCAUUAUUGAGCUAAAUUGCCUCACUGAUGAGAAGUUGAAACAGGUGAGAAAUUACAUUAAGGAGCAUGGUUCCCGGCAGCGGUCUGCAAGGGAGACCUGGAAGCGAAGCAGCUACAGUUGUGGGAGUGCCAGCGGAGCGAGUGGUGCCAGUGUUAGCAGCAGCAGUGCUAGCAUGGUCAGCUCAGCGAGCAGCAGUAGUUCCAGCAUUGGCAACUCCGGGUCCAACUCCAGCACCAACAUCAGCCGAGCCCACAGUGACAGUAACCUCUCGACAAGCGCUGCAGAACGAAUCCGGGAUUCAAAAAAGCGUUCUAAACAGCGCAAGCUCCAGCAAAAGGCGCUGCGCAAGAGGCAACUGAAAGAGCAAAGGCAGGCUCGGAAGGAGAGACUGAGUGGCUUGUUCCUAAACGAAGAGGUGCUUUCCUUAAAAGUGACUGAGGAGGACCAUGAAGGAGAUGUGGAUGUCUUGAUGUGAGAGGGGUGAAUUUAUCAGUGUUCUUUCUAAGCCUUAAGCCUCUUUUGCUGUUUACAUACAUAGACACGACUACUACCAAAAGUUUGAUUGGAGCUGUGACAAGCAGUCUGCUAUUCUGUCUCAUUUACCUAUAUUUUAAAAACAAUGUUUUGCAAGUGAUAAGAGUUCCAGCAGAUAUUUGUUAAAAAAGCAGCAACGUAAGGAACAGACCUAUGCUAGUGUAUUUGGCUUUCAAAUGUCUGUAUAUUCUUCUGGAAAGAUUACAUUUCCUUAUUAAUACCACUGGAACUAUAGAAAUAACGUGCUUGUCCUUGGGUUAAGUAUUUUCCAUCCACCCAGUGUGGAUGCUAAGCAGGCUGUUUCUAUAGACCGCAGCAACAGCAAACACCACCAGGUGUCAUUCCCCUUGUUUGCUCCUGCAGUCAUCCCAAAGCCCAAUGCUACACGAAAUCAUUUUUAUAUUUCCUGAAAUGCCAAUAGUAAUUUCAUUUAGUGAAAGUCCUGGGAAAUGUGUGAUAUGCCAAGCCAGAUGCACUCUUGUCUGUAAUGUGCAAUGGCCCAUGAGGUGCUUUAUUAAACCUUGUGCUUUUUUGGUUGCCCGGGAAUGCAAAACCAAGGGGUCUGGGAGUGUUUGCAAGUGCCUGGCAGGCUACAGUACAUGGCUGUGUUGAGCUUGGUGGGUCACACAUCAUGAACAGAUCCGAUGUAUCAUUAUAAAGCACUGGGACACUGCAGAGAAGGAAACCCGAACCGGCUCACAGCAAAGUCACAUUUUUCUGAUCUGCGUAUUUAUAUGUUCCAAACUUACUGUAGUGCCAUGUGCCUUAAAAUUAAUUUGCAACCUUUUAUUUAAAGUGAAGGAUAUAGGGAGAGCAUUGUAGACUUGAAAUAAAGCGGAUCAAAAGUUUGUGAGGCUUUGAGGCCCCGCUUAGGGAGUAAUCCAAUGCAAGAGGAUCAUGGGCAUCCUUUGAAGAGCCAGAGGACCAUUGUGGCAAAGAUCUUGCUCCUCCCACUCUGUGAAGCGGCCAGAUCGCCAGCCGUGGCUGCUAGCUCUGGCAUUUCAGAGAGGAGUGAGGGUGGCUGAGAUACUGCCGGGAUGCAUCAUACCUUGGUAGAGCUGAUCUCCUUCCUCUUGGUCCCCGGGAUUGCCUACCAAACUCCUUUUGUGAUAGCAUUUUUUGUGACCUGGCGAAACAGGUGGAGUGAUUCUUUCUGUACCAGCUGUGGUGGGGAGGGGGACGUGGGCAUGGAUUCCCAGCGUCCGGAUUGGAGUGGCACUGGGUUUCCAAAGCAUCUUCUGGCCAUCUUGAACUGUCAAAGGAGCCACAAGGUCGCUGUGGUAGUCCUCUAAGCCCAUCCAACGUUCUGAAGAAGACUGUGUGUUAGUCACUCUCAUUCUGUUGCUAAGGUGUGAGAUUUUCAUCCUGACCCUAUACUGGAAAGCUUCUGGCCUAAAACUGUGAUUCCGUUUAUUGGACACACUGAGGUGAUUGUGUCCACAUCAAGGAGUGGGUUUCUGAAAGUACAGUGUGGAUGUGUGACUUGCAAGCUGCUUAUGCACAUCAUGAUUAGCUUCUAGCAUGAAUCUGUGGGAGGGUCUCAUGCAUACAGGUAGCAUGUGACUGCGUGCAUGAGCCUUGAGUUCAAGCAUUCUGCUCUCAGAUGUGGACACAAUGGGUGUGGAAGCAUCUGCUUUCAUUUUAAUCUAACUACAGUUUGCUGCUUCUGAACCAGGACAAAUUGGUUAAUUUAAGCUGUGGGUGUCUGAACAGGCUGGUUUCAAACUUCAUUUUCUGAUUCAAGCUAAAUGGUCACAAUAAAUCAUAGUUUAAUAUUCUGUCCAAACCUGCUCUAUCUCUUUUUGUUUAGUAGAAGAUGAUACUCUGGAUGAAUUUCAUGCACUUACAAAUGUUUGAGGUCCACUACACAGAUUGGAUUUCCCAUGUACUGUUUAUAACACAAUAUUUUUGCAUCUUUGUGUUGAAAAGUAUUAUUCAAUCUGUGAGAUAACUUAGGCUCCAAUAUCAAAAUCUGGAUUUUUUCUUUAAAAAAUCUUGCUUAUUUACUUCAUGUAUUAACAAACUCUUUGAGUGUUUGAUCAAUCUGCUCCCUCCUGGAUAUUGAUUCAUAUAAUUGAAUUGGGGUUCCAGUCAUUUUUGUUUGUUCUGAGAAUGUUGUGUACUAAUAUUUAAGGUGGCGGCCCAUCUAAAUUUAACAUGGGUCACCCAGUGAAUAUCAAUUUUGAAUUAAAGAUGCAGUAUGCAUCUAGAAUGGAUUUAAGUGGCUAAAUUUAUGCCAUUCUUUUUCUUUAUCCCACAGUAAAUACUUUUUAUGUAUAUGGAAGCAAAAUUAGCAAGUAGAGAGAAUCUAUUCAGUAGACUUCUGGUUUUGUCCCAUUUGUAUUGAGUACUUAAUAAGCUGCACAAGUAUUUAAUCAUCAGUGAGUGGAUAAUCUCUUUUUUCAGAAUUUUCUCUAAGCUUAGAAGGAGCACUGAAAACUUGAUAAAAAUGAUAUUCUCUUAGCUUAACUUAAACAUAGAGAUCUGUUUACAUUUUGUAUGUAUGUGUGUAUAUCUGCAUUUCAUUUCCUCUUCUAUGAGUAUUGUUUCAAUAACCAUGUUCUAAGACUGAAAUGAUGCAGUCACAUUCUUGUUAAGCAGAAUAAAGUUAUUACCACUUCACUUGGCAGUCCCAGCUUCUGGGAUGAUCCCUUGGUUCAUAAUAACUUCUUUUUAGUUCUAUUUUUCUACUUGGUCAAAGAAAAACUAUAGAGUUUUCCAGCAAAAUCCUCCACAUUAAACUGUAUAUAUGAAUUUAAAGUCCUUUAAGGCUAGUGUACAAUAGUUGUAGAAAAUCUUAGAGAACAUUUGCCAAAUUUCAGUGUUCAACUGAAAUAAACUGACCAGUUAUGGCUUAUAUCUCCCUACCCUUCCCUUUUCAGAUUGCAUCAGCAAUAGCUGGCACAUUGGCCUUUGACAAUAUUGACACGCUCUUGAUUCUUUUUGGCAAUCAGAUUUCCAGUGGAACCCUGUUUCUCAUGGCUAUUUUAUGAACACUGCGAGCUCCCUGGCUCUAUGAUCCCCAUCUCCUGCAAAAGAAAAAAAAAAUUGCAAAUUGGUCAAUCAAUGCAAUUGUUGUCCAUUAGCAUAUAACGUGAGCUAAGAUCAUGUGCAUUUCAUUGGGACAGAAUGCAUGAGGGGGAAGAUUGGGGAGUAGCCUAGAUGGCUUUGAAGAUGUCUUGUAGUACAAUUGAGAGUUAAUUCACAACAGCUAGUACAGUUAGGAUCCUGAGGAUAAUGCACUUCAUAACCAAAGCAAAGAGGAUGUUUAACUUUGGAGAGAAUGCUUCAGAUGGUCUUAAAUAUAGAUUAUAUAUAAAAUCUGGACUAUUUUUCCCAGAAUUUCUGCUAAAAAUGUAUUGUAUGCUGAAAUGCACGUGUAUAUACAACCACUGUACAUUCUGUAUCUACUUGCAACAAAUGUUUGUAGACAGCUUUUCUUUUUUGAUGUUGUGAAGAAUUUAACCAUAGGUAUAAAAUCGUAAGCAACUAUCUUAUUCCCUCUCUCCCCCCAGCUCUCAAUUGUAUUUGAAAAUAGUCUCAUGGAUAUGGUAGUUUGGAAUAGUAUUAAAAUACAACAUGCUAAUGCAA